GUAGACUUGAGUGAGUUGUUGUGAGUGAGCUGCACAGACGUCUUGAGAGACCCGACCACAUCCCGGCGUUCAGAAGAGUUGGUAACUCUAGGAAAGGACUGGUAGGGUUGACGAGUGGACGCGGGGCAGGCAUGGGUUGCAGCCACAGCAAGAGGAAAAACAAAGCGAAGGAGGAGGAGAAAACGGUGAAGGAGGUCAACAACCAUCAAGAUGGAGGAGGUAAAGUCCCUCUGGAGGAGCUGAACGUGGAUCUAGAAACGGAGAAGCAGCUGGGUCAGUAUGAGUGGCAGCUGAAGAUCCUACGGGAGGUGCUGUCUGCAUCUGGGACCCAGGAGAGGGAGGAGCUACUAAAAGACACAACCCAAGGAGAGCUCUGUGCCCUGGUCCACAACAUCAUUGAGAAGGUGAAAAUAGAGACGGCUGCUGACCUGACUGUUCUCUACGGGGAGAAGAGCCAGAGGACUGCAGAGCAGCACGAGAGACAGCUGGAAGAACGGCAGAAAAUACAGAGUGAAGAGACAAAACGACUAACAGAGACCCACCAGACAGCUGAGAAAACGUUGAAGGAGGAGGUAGAGGAGCUGACUACAGAGCUCUAUGUGUACAAUCAGUUAAAGAAGAGAGUUGACGAGUCUACCUUCAAGAAGGACCUGCAGCGGAACAUUCAGGCCCACGGCAGUCCUGGGCCAUUCUGGGAGCGGGAGCAGGAGAGUCUGCUGUUUGUCAUUGAGAUGAAGAGUGAACGUAUCCAGGCGCAGGGGAACAAACUGCUACAGAUGCAGGGUCUGGUGGAGAAGAAUCUGUCUCUAGAAGACCAGGUCAUAAAUGUUCUACAGAACAACGAGGACCUGAGGGUUCGUAUCGACAACCAUCAAAGCCUUCUACAGCAGCUCUCCAAGGAGCACCAGGGCCUUCAGGGGGCGUUAGACAGGCAGGCAGGUCUCAGUCAGAGGCUCACCCAGGAGAAAGAGCAACUCAUGUUUAAACUGAAGCACAGAGACUCCUGUUGUACCUUCCCAUCCUUCCCCAUAGUGUCUGAGAUCUCCCCCAGCUGAUCUGAACGGGGCAGUCAGGGUUACCUCUUAAUCCUGUCUAGGGUUAUAAACAUGCAGCCUGAAUCUGGAUAAUUUCCCAAAAUUCUGAAAGUAUUUUUUUCCAGAAAUCCCUGCCUGGAGGAUUCUAAGAAUCAUGAAGGAAUACAUAAUGAGUGAUUCCUCCAACCUGAAAUUCUUCAAGUGGGAUUUCUGAAAAAGCAGGGGACUUUUGGGAAUGUUUCGGGACUUUUUGCAAUCCUAAUCCUACUUUGACAACCAAAGUCCAGGUACCUUUACAAAGGGCUAUAGUCACAUGUUUGAUGGAACCUGAUGCCAAAUAAUAUUUUUAGUCUCGUUUUGUACCUGCUGUGCCUUUACAGUACAUCAUGUUUUCUAUAGCAGUAUGGUGUUCGUACAAAAGGACUGUUUUUUUUGGGGGGGGGCAGUGGGCAUAGCCAUGGGCUGUUGGACUUAACUGACUCCUGUUGUUCAACUGAGAUUAUUACUCAACUGACAUUCUCAUAGUUGUGUUACUGUUCAACUGAGAAUAUUCUAGGUGGAUGUGACAGUGUUCACUCUGAUGGUUUGACUUGCGGUUGUAGACAGAGAUGUACAAACUUAGUAGCUACAUUUUUUUUUUUUAUAUCUACCUUCCUGCCGAGACACUAUUACGUAAUAGACAUUACAGAAUAUAAUGCAAUAUAUACAAUUUAAACAGUUACUUUAGACAACUGCCUUUGUAUUGGAAUAUGUUUAUACUCUUUUGUUUUAUAGAAUAUGGAAAAUAGAUUGCCAUGUUGGCAGUUUGAUUUUGUUAUUUUUUUGCAGAUUACAAGUACAAUGGAUAUUUUUGUGACUUUUUUAAGUAACAAAGAAACAGAAGCAUUUCUGUGUUUAAAAAAAAUAUAUUUUUUUCUGAUGCACUAGCACUUUUAAUCAGUAUUUUACUAGUACUAAAUGUGAGAGGUAGUUGAUGUAUUUUUUUUUGUUAUUCUUGCGUUUACAUUUUGUUGGUUUUACAUUUUUAUUUGAAUCAUUUAGCUAACGCUCCUCUCUUCGAAGGCAGCGGAUAGAUCUAGAAGGAGAGAGGAAGUCACAAUAAACAGUUGCAUCUGAA